AUGGAGGGGGAAGUGCCGGUGUUGACUUUUUUCAAAAUCAACAAAAAGGGAAAAGCCCGAAAAGUCUCCAAAGAGAUUUACUUAAGAGAUGACGUUUGCUGCGGCAUUAAGGGCUGCUGCCACUGCCCCCCCAGCAGCCAAACCAGCUGUUUAGCAGCAGAAGAGCCCAUCUUGCUGCCUUCUGCUGCUUUUCUGGUGGCCUUUAUUGACUUCGUCGAAAGCGACCCUUCUUUCAACAACUGCUGCAUCCUCUCCUCCGUCCUCAACCAAUUUAUUUCCGAGAAGAAGCCAACGGACUCGAAAGUGAUAUUUGAAUUUCAUUUAAAUGAAAAAGAAAUUCAAAAAAAAAUUAAAAAUGAAAAACUCAAAAAAGGAAAACUCAAAAUACACCCCGACUGCUGCUGGAGAGGCACUGUUGUCUGCGCUGGGGAGGAGAUAAAGAUAAUAGGAAGGCGGAACUUGAACAGAGCUUUCGAGGGAGACAUUGUUGCUGUUGAAGUAAUUGAAGAAGACACAGAAAGCAGCAGCAGCAGCAGCAGCAGCAGCAGCAGCCGCAGCAGCAGCAGCAGCAGCAGCAGGAGUUUGGAGGAGCAGCAAAGAGAAGAAAAGCGCCAAAUUGAGGUGUAUGCGGAGCUUUUGGAAACUGAAGACGAUCCCCUCCUAAACGAUCCCCAGUGGGAGUCGCCCGAUCCCGAUCCCAGCAGCAGCAGCAGCAGCAGCAGCAGCAGCAACAGCAGCAGCAGCAGCAGCAGCGGUCUUUUGGAAGAAGAGAGGAGUGAGGAAGUGGAAAGAAAUGCAGGAAAUAAAAAGAGAAAAGGUGAAAAUCAAAAAGAGACAAAUGAAGAAGAAAAGGAAGUGCAAAAAGACGAAAAAAAGGAAAAUCAAAAAGAAGUAAAAGGAAAUCAAGAAGAAACAAAAGAGGAAGAAGAAAUAAAAGAAAAAGAAAUAAUGGAAAAAGAAAUAAAAGAAAAAGAAAUAAAGGAGAAAGAAAUAAAAGAAAAAGAAAAAAACAAAAAAGAAAAAAAAGGAAAAGUUGUUGGAAUAAUUCAAAAAGGCAGAAGAGAGUUUUUCGGCUCUUUGAAGCCUCUGGACGAAACCCGAGCUUUAUCUUCUUCGGCGUCGAUAGAGCGGAUUUUUGUGCCCGUCGAUCCGCGGAUUCCAAACAUAAUAAUAAAAACCCGCCAGUCCAGAGAACUCGACGGCAAAAGAAUCGCCGUCGCCGUCGACGCCUGGGCUCCCACGCAAAUGCUCCCCCGGGGACACUGGACAGAAAUCCUGGGAGACUUCGGAGACACAAAGACGGAAGGGUAA